UGUCACAUUGUUGAAAAGCUUUUUGCUGUCGAUCUCCUUUGUUCUAUUCAAAGGAGCUAGAGAGAAAACCAUUCUUUAAAAGAGGGCAAAAAUAUGGAAGAAAAUCUUCCUCCGGGGUUCAGAUUUCAUCCUACAGACGAGGAGCUGAUAACGCAUUAUCUUUGUCGGAAAGUCUCCGAUACUGGAUUCACCGGUAAAGCUGUCGUCGAUGUUGAUUUCAACAAGUGUGAACCUUGGGAUUUGCCAGCCAAAGCUUCAAUGGGAGAGAAAGAGUGGUACUUCUUCAACCUAAGAGACCGGAAAUACCCAACCGGUUUAAGGACAAACCGAGCAACUGAAGCCGGUUAUUGGAAAACCACAGGUAAAGAUAAAGAGAUAUACCAAAGUGGAGUGCUGGUUGGGAUGAAGAAAACCCUUGUUUUCUACAAAGGAAGAGCUCCAAAGGGUGAGAAAAGCAAUUGGGUUAUGCAUGAGUAUAGGCUUGAGAGCAAACAACCCUUCAAACCCGCUAAGGAGGAAUGGGUAGUGUGUAGGGUUUUCGAAAAGAGCACAUCAGCAAAGAAACCACAAGAACAACAACCUCAAUCAUCUUUUGGAUCUCCAUGUGAUGCAAGCUCAUCAAUGGCAAAUGAGUUUGAAGAUAUCGAGCUUCAAAAUCUGAAUUCAAACUCAUCAACCAUCGAUUACAACCAUAUUCAUCAAUACUCGCAAAACGGUGUUUAUUCACAAAACAAUACAACAACAAGCACGGCUCGUCUCAAUAUGAACAUGGCUACUAAUAAUAUCCCGUCUUGGUCGACAACAAACCUACUUGGUCAGCCUUUAUCUCCAAUCAACUCUUUGUUGCUCAGGGCUUUCCAAAUUAGGAACUCUUAUAUAAAUAUCAAUCCUUCUCCUCUUCAACAAGGAGUCUCCAAUAUCAUGCAAAAUGGUUCAACAAGUUCGUCUCAACCCCAGCCGCAAGAGGAAGCUUUUAAUAUGGACUCCAUGUGGUGAUGGAAGGGAUUUAAAACCACUAGUAAAAUUUGAAUUCUCUAACUUGUAUUUAUGCAAUCUCCAUCAAACUCAAUUGUAUCAUUACAUUACAUGCACGCGUUGAUCAUCUAUAAGGUCAAGUAAAUUAAGUUUCCAAUAUUCAUGUCCACAUCCGUAUAUGUACUUAUAAAACUUGUUGCCCAGACAUAUAGAUCAAUAAACAUUUGUUAAAUACUUUUAAGUAGUGUACGAGAUAAUACAUUGACAAAUAAACAUACAAUUUUUUUGUAAAAAAGAAAAACAAAUAAAUAGCUCUUUGUUACUUAACACAAGUUGAUGAUGAAUCUCUACUUUCUCUUCUUUUCCCAGCAAUGAAUGCACAUAACCAUUUCUUCAAAACUCGGACAGACUUCCGACAUCAUUCUCAGCUGCAACCUCCUGAGAUUAAA